UCUCAACGUGAGAGGACGGAGCCGUCAUGUCGCUGCGCUUCACCGAGGAGGACUUCCAGAGCGCCUGGAAGGAGCUGGACGAGCCGCAGCUGGACGGAGGAUGGGAGCUCUUCACCGAGACGAUGGGCGUCAAGAUCUACCGGCUUUACGACAAGGAAACUGGUCUUUACGAGUACAAAGUCUUUGGUGCGCUCAACACCUGCACUGCAGAGCUGUGCGCAGAUGUCUACAUGGACUUGACGUAUCGGAAACACUGGGACGAAUAUGUGAAAGAGCUGUAUGAGAAGGACUUUGACGGACAAUCAGCAAUCUACUGGGAAGUGAAGUACCCAUUUCCUCUGUCAAACAGAGAUUAUGUGUACGUGAGGGAACGUAGAGACCUGGACGUAGACGGCAGGAAGAUCUGGGUGAUCCUGGCCAGAAGCUCCCCAGAGACGCCAUGUGCAGAAAAGAGCGGCGUGCUGAGAGUCAAAGACUACAAGCAGAGCGUCGCCAUGGAGAGCGACGGAUCCUGUGGAACUAAAGUUUUCAUGAACUACUUUGACAACCCUGGUGGAAUGAUUCCUACCUGGCUGGUGAACUGGGCGGCGAAGAGCGGAGUUCCAGGUUUCCUAAGAAACAUGCAGAAGGCCUGCAGCAAUUACGCCAACUACUGCCAGAAGAAGUGAAUGCAGCUGAUGAAGUGCUCAAGGGCUUUGAUCAAUUUUAUUGCUGUUUUGGGGAGAUAUUUUAAAGCUGUAUGAUCACAUUUCUGUAAGGGGUGAAUGCAGCAUGGUGUGGGCUGCUACUUGUUGACGUAGCAUGCUCUUAACUCAGGCAUGAUGUGCAUGACCGGCCGCCCUCAUUCAAAGGCUGGUGUGAAUCAAUUCUGUUCCAUUGUGUUGUGUUACCCAAUGCCGUGCGGUCUUGUUUGUGCAAUCUCCAUAAGCUCCGGUCUCUCUGGGAUUUAGGAGCUUUCUGAGCAUAUUUUCUAAUCAAAUGUUUAUAGAAAAUAGUCAAACAGAUUAUUUCUUCGGGGCUUGGUGGUGAAACAAACUGAAUCUUCUUGAAUAGAAUUUUACCUCCUCCUUGCAUUGUUUUAAAUGUGUUUACUGUACAUGUCAAAUGUGACAGAUGCAAUCUAUUUUGAUUUAUUGUUCAUUUGAUCACACUGGAAUCAUUUCAUUGCCAAUUUUAAUUCACUGGUAAUUCACUGAUUUGUCACAGUGAAGUAAAAAUAACUUAUGGUGGGUUCAUUACUUAUGCAAUGGUGCAUAUGAUCAAAGAUACAAAGGUAUCUUACAUACUGUGAUGAUUUAGGCUGUAAAUCAGUACCUCUGUGCUGCUGUUGGUGCAGGUGAAUAUGGUUUGAUCUGAUCAUGAAUAGCCUAUUACUAUGUAAUACAGCUGUGUUAUUGACACAAACUUUCAUUGCAAUCUGUGGUGUAAACAGUCUAUUCUAUCUAUCAGUGUAAGUAUAUGUUGUCAUGCUGGACAGGUAUGGCUUCUAUGCUGGAAUGUUUGAUCCUGACAUUGCUAAUAAAGUAUAUUAAGAAUACUAUGACCAUAA